GGUAAGAGGGUAGGGGGGGCCCCUGGAAGUUGUGACUUGACUGUUAACCGUGAACUCCGGCGAGAACUUUCCGUUCUACAGGAAUCACCCAAGGUCCGAAGGUCCGUGAGGUCCCAAUCGUGAGAAAUGCUUGGACUAUAGCUGGGCAAAGAGACUAUGCUGGUCACACCUCUAAGAGAUAAGGAAAUCGUAGACUCUGAAUUUCCGCCUUCGACUCUUGCCUCCCAGGGACUCGGGGUUUCAUUCUCUUCCUCCACUCCCUUUUCUGGUCCCGUAUGUCCACUUCCUUCCCGCAACACGCCUCUCAUCCACACCCUAGGAGAGGGGCUCUUUUCUGUACUCUGCAAAUCCCUCACCAAUCUCAGCGAGCUGGGUGGGUGGUUGGGUGGGGAAUCAGAAUCAAGGAAAGUUCAGGUAUACACGGUCCGCCAACAACCAGGGGCUCCGGGACAAUAAAGGGGCAUCCACCUCUCCAAGUUCGGCCUAGGUCAAGGAGAAGCUACACGGAUGCGGAGGAUGGAAGAAAAGAGAGUGUCCAGGGCUCGGGAAUGUUGACGCCCUAAGGCUGGAGUGGCGGUGACAGCGGUGUCCGGAGGGUCAUCUUGGGCAAAGUAGCAGGGGCUGGGGGCCAGGCCGCUCCCGGCAUGGGGAUACCGGGAGGACCGAGUGUCCGAGUUUCCGUUCCCCAGUGCUGUGUGGGCAGACUCGGCAAUGGGGAGCCGCGCCACAACACACUCUCAGGCUGCGCGGACAACUCUUCCGCACGCGGGAAGCCCGGCGGCUCGAUUCUCCGCAUCCGGUCGGGGUCUGCACAGGUAUUGUGGACCCGGAACAACGUUUCCCAGAGGGCCGGAGGCGGCGCGAUAAUUUGCCGCUCUCGCGAGACUUUCAGAGGUCCUGUCGGAGCCAACGUUUUUGCGGUUACCAAGGCAACUGAGCGGUGCCAGCGUAAGCGGGAAAGCGGCGUACGUCGAAUUUUUGUCUGCUAGCUUGGGAGACUUGAGGAGUGACCCUCCUUGAGCUUCCAGCCCCAGAGACAAACGGGCUGUGCUCCAGGCGGUACCUCUUCCCCUGGGGACCAUGGGCCGGAUCUCAGGGCUCGUGCCCUCUCGCUUUCUGACGCUCCUGGCGCAUCUGGUGGUCGUCAUCACCUUAUUCUGGUCCAGGGACAGCAACAUCCAGGCCUGCCUGCCUCUCAGAUUCACCCCUGAAGAGUAUGAGAAGCAGGACAUUCAGCUGGUGGCAGCACUCUCUGUCACCCUAGCUCUCUUUGCAGUGGAGCUGGCUGGUUUCUUCUUAGGAGUUUCCAUGUUCAACAGCACCCAGAGCCUCAUCUCCAUCGGGGCUCACUGUAGUGCAUCUGUGGCCCUAUCCUUCUUCAUAUUUGAGCGUUGGGAGUGCACCACGUAUUGGUACAUUUUUGUCUUUUGCAGUGCCCUCCCAGCUGUCACCGAAAUAACAUUAUUCAUCAGCGUCUUUGGCCUGAAAAAGAAACCUUUCUGAUAUCUUCGUGACUGGAAGUAGGGAUGAAGGCUGAAGGAGCGAAGGACCACUCACCCUUCCUGGAAGAGGAAGGCUUCAGCCCUCCUUCUAACACUGCAUUUCGUGAAGGAUGUCAGUGUUAGGGUAAUUAUCUCUCGAGUCUGGGAUUAUCUGUGUUUUGUUUACAGUCCUUUGUAAUAAAAUAUAUUUUAGGGUAAGAUCAAACUUACAGGAAUUCCUGCAGGAAUUCCCUGGCUGUCCAGUGGUUAGGACCCCACGCCUCCACUGCAGCGGGUUCAGUCCCUGGUGGAGCAACCAAGAUCCUGAAUGCUAGGCAGCGUGGCCAAAAAAAAUAAUAAUAAAGAAAGAAAUCAAGACAAAAAUUUCAGGAGAAAAUUGGGGUGGCCAAACUACUAUAGAAACGGAAGGCUGUUUUCCAGCCUUGCACUGUAAGACACUAAAUGUCGCUUCUAUUCUAGUUAUUACGGUAGAUUUCUGCCGGAAGGGAGUGGGCGGAGAUAUGUAAAUAAGGUUAUGCUUUAGGGUAGUACCUCGAGCUCUUUAAGUGAGUGAAGCAUUCUGGGAGGGACUAGCUUUUGCUUUUUGACAGCCAAAUGGAAAAAUAUAUUUUAAAACAUCUGCAAAUAAAUUGAACAACAGAAGUGGAAGAACCUGGAUAGCUUUAGAUUGCUCGAACUAACAUGUCGUUUACUCACCCUCCCUGUUAGCGGAGUCUUAUUACCGGAGUACGGAAUAUUGCAGUCCUCUCGGUAUCGUCAGGUAGGAUAAUCCUUACCUGUUCCUCCUUUUGGAGGGCAGAAUAGAACAUGAUGAUUGGAGCUCGCAUGAUUCGUGAUUAACGGCUCUGCGUAAUCAGGACUUGCAACACCCUGAUUGCUCCUAUCUGAUUCUUCCUGGCGAUCCGUGAUGUUAAUGUACUUUACAAUUAGAUUGAGUUUUUGCUACUGUCUCCUUAGUUGUACUUUAAGUAGCGUCGGACACGACUGAGCGACUUCGCUUUCUCUUUUCACCAUGCGUUGGAGAAGGCAAUAGCAACCCACUCCAGUGCUCUUGUGUGGAGAAUCCUAGGGACCGGGGUGUCUGUUGGGUUGCCGUAUAUGGGGUCGCACAGAGUUGGACACGGCUGAAGCGAUUUAGCAACAGGAGCAGCAGCAGUGUUGGUUCUAAUAGUGUCUGUAAGGUUUGGGGGGUGGGUUUUUUUUUUUCCCUUUGAGGGUGUUUGGUUUCGGUAUGUUUGUGUAGAGUACGGUUUGUAAGUUUGUUUUUUAAACUCUUGUGAUAGUUUCGUGGUUGAUGGUUUGUAAGUUUGUUUGUAUUUUAAACUCUUGUGAUACUUAGUUUCGUGGUUGAUUUGUUAAAGUCACUUAAUCCUGUCUGAAUGGAAUUCUUCAGGCCUGAGUCUUGGAGUGGAUAACCGUUUCCUUUUUUUCAGGGGUUCUUUCCCAACGCCAGGGACCCAAACCACGACUCGUUUCCUUGCAUGAAUCCCAAUUUGCUAGCUAGUAUUUUUUUUUUCCCCUUAAUUUCAUGAAGCUUACCCGAGGGGACGUUCUGUGUACCUCCGAUUUUCCAAAAAGUGGUUCUUUUAAUGUCUGUCACAUUUGGUGUCAUGAAUGAAGGCCUGUCAAAACUUCUCUCUUGCCAUGCCAGGAAGGGUCACGUGCUAAAGGGUAGACGUCCCUGGUAUUUGGGGAGCCGAGCCCAGAAACCUGGCAAAGGUUACCUGUUUACUCUGUGUCUGAUUAAAACACCCACCCUAGUUUCUGUCUGGUAGCCCCUGGCUAGAACAUGUUCCAAAGAAAGUUAUUGAAACACACUAUUUGGCAUUAGAGAAGAGUCUAAAGUUCUGCCUUGUCACAGGUUAAGUGUUCUCACAGGGGCACAUUUUUUUUAGGAAAGAUUCAGUGUAGAGGUUUUAAUCUAUACUUUUUAGUCCUAAAUGGUGGAGCCCAGGCCAUUCUAAAUAAGCGAAAGUCAUCAAAGGAGAUCUUUUCUGGUGGAGCCUCCUCAAGUGAUGCUUUCUGUCUCUGCACACAGCCCUUCUUCGUGAGUAUUCACUCAGAGAAUACUUAUUCAGCACUUACUAUACACUGUAUAGUGGGUACCCAGGGAAUAGAUGUGAAUAUGACCUAUACUCGGCCUGGGCCAUCACAGAUAUUAUAGCUCAGGAAGACAACAAUCUCUGGUACUCCCAGAGUACUUUAAUAACAAAUUAUGAUAAAUGUUUCAAACUCGACUUGCAGAUGGAAUGGAGUAGGGAUAACCUGCCCCAGGUGUCAGAAAUGUUGCUCCUACAGGAGCAGUUUGAGUGAGGCCUUGGAGUGUGGCUGAAGCAGAGAGUUAGAGGAGCAGAUUAUCCAGGAGGCAAGAAAGGUGGAUAUUGCCGGUCAUGGUUACAGGCUUGACCAGGAGAGUUACAUCCCAUGACAGCCUGACUUUCACCACACCCAGUGGUGUGCUUACUGAUUUGUGAAAGCUGUUUGUUUUUCCAGAAAAAUUAUGGGCUGAUUGUUAAAAACAGCUAUAUCAAAAAUUGAAUAUGUAACCUUGCAAUUAAAUAAAUAAUAUUUCUAAAACAGAGGGGGAUUUCCCUGGCAGUCCAGUGGUUAAGACCUAAAAAAAAAGACAACAAACAAACCAGAAAAACAGUAAGAAAUACUCCUCACUUCCUGGUUAUUUUAUAAAUUUGCUAUUAUAUGGUUUUGAGGUUGUUUGCAUUUAUGGUAUCUGUAUGGUGAGAAUACUAUGAAAUGAUGUACUGCUUUGUAUCUCUUUCCAAUUAAUUUAGUGACAUUAAGUCAGUAAUUUGAAACUUGCCUAAGUGGGAGUAUUUAUACUCCCAAAAUUGGCAAAUGCUACAUAUCAGGCUUUGCUGUUUGUCUAGGUUUUAAAAAGUGAUGGAGAAAAUGUUAAAUAAUGCAGGUUAAGUCUUUAAGUGUCAUGUCUGUAACUGUUAUACUACAAAUAUUACACACACAAAUCAAUGAAGUAUUCCCCCAGGAUUUGAAAACUUAUCAGCAAAGAAUCACUCAAGUCAUUGAGGAACCUGUGAAGUCUCAACAUAUCUUCAGUGUUUCAUUUUUAUCUUAAUCAAAAAUGUAAAUAAAAAGAUCAACCAAUGUUUAUGUUAGAACUAGCCUUGUAUUAAUACUUAUGAUAUAAUUCCAUUUAUGAAAUUAUGGAUACAAGAAUAGAAUUUACAAUAAAGAAUAUUGUAUAUUAUUUUUACAGAUUCUGUUACACAUCCUUUAUAUCAGCAAAAUUUAUAAUAAACUUAUGUACACAUU